CCACAUUCACGUGAGUUUCAGGGGGUGUCACCUGGGGCUCCGUGAGGGCUGACUCUGCUGGGGUGGGCCCAGCGCUCAGGCCAUUGGCUCAGGGCACCCUGGGCUUGGAAUCACACACGCUGUGCCAGGUCCUUGAUGUGAGGACACAGGGCAAGCAAUGAGUGGGGACCCCAGAGACAGUGAAGGAGGCUCCCUGGCCAGGAAGGAGUUUCUGAGACACUGCCAGGCUCAUCAAGCCCUUCUCUGACUGCCCAGGUAAUGAAGCUCUAAAGAAACAGGAAACAUGAAGACAGUUGUAUAGAACAAACUGAAGGAUUACAUCCUAGAAUAACCUUGCUCCACCAACCAGAUUUCCUGUUCAAACCGAGGUGAUGGGUGGUCAUGAGCAGUUGGACCGAGAGCUACACACACGUUGGACCAAGAGCCGCCCUGGUCAUUUACAUGACUUCAAACCUAAAAAAGACACAGGUUUAUAAAGAAAAGCACACUGGAAGCUACAAAAACGUUGCCGUUUGUGAUGAGGGGUGCCGUGUCCGUGGGCCAGGAUACCCGGAUGCAGCUGGAAGCAGCCCAAGAGAGCAAGAUGUGGCUUGGAAUUCUGCUGGCGCUUACGCUUUGUCCAGGCCUUGAAGGACAAGAAAACCCUUUCACCAUCAACCACAUCUACAUGAAUAUCCUGCCAGGAAAGGAGGUGCAAAACGGGCAGAACCUGACCCUGCAGUGUGUCGUGGACAUUAGCACUACCUCCCAGGUCAAGCCUCAGCACUGGCUGCUGUUCUAUAAGGAUGAUGUGCUGGUUCACAAUGUCUCCUCCAUGAAGAACACGGAGAGUUAUUUUAUUCCCCAAGCCCGGGUCUCUCAUGCAGGAACAUAUAAAUGCACCGUGAGUCUGAACAACAAGGAGAAAACCUCAAAAGAGUACCAGGUGUGCGUGAAAGGAGUGUCAAGUCCCAGAGUGACACUGGACAAGAAAGAGGCAAUAGAAGGCGGGGUUGUGACGGUCAACUGUUCUGUCCCAGAGGAAAAUCCCCAGAUACACUUCAUAAUUGAAAAACUCACACUAGAUGCAAAAAGUGUCAAGCAAAGAAGAGAAAAGACUUCUCAGAACCAGAAUUUUAUGGUAAUGGAAUUCACAGUGGAGGAACAGGACCAUGUCAUAUAUUUCCAGUGUCAAGCCAGGAUCUUUUCUGGGACCAAUGUGGAGAUCUCUGAAGUCAUCAAGAGUGAACUGGUCACCGUGACGGAAUCCUUCUCUAACCCCAGAUUCCACAUCAGCCCUGAGGGAGUGAUCACAGAAGGAGAUGAGCUCAACAUUAAGUGCACCAUUCAAGUGACGCACCUGGCCCAGUCAUUCCCAGAAAUCAUAAUCCAGAAAGACAAGGCAAUUGUAGCACACAAGGAGCACGGCAAGGAGGCCACCUACUCGGUGAUGGCCAUGGUGGAGCACAGUGGCAACUACACGUGCAAAGUGGAAGCCAGCCGGAUAUCCAAGGUCAGCAGCAUCGUGGUCAACAUAACAGAGCUGUUUUCCAAGCCGAAGCUGGAAUCUUUCACCCCCCGUCUGGACCAUGGUGAAACACUGAACCUAUGGUGCUCCAUUACCGGAGCACCUCCAGCCAACUUCACCAUCCAGAAGGAAAACACGAUUGUGUCAUUGUCUCAAGAUUUCACCAAGAUAGCCUCAGAGAGGGACGGAGGGACAUACACCUGCAAUGCAAGCAUUGGCAAAGUGGUCAAGAAAAGCAAUGCAGUCCAGAUAACUGUGUGUGAAAUGCUCUCCAAGCCCAGGAUUUUUUAUGACUCCAGCUCAGAAGUGAUAAAAGGACAGACCAUAGCAAUCAGUUGCCAGUCCAUAAAUGGGACCGCACCUAUUAAUUAUCGCCUUUUAAAAGCAAAUAACACUUCGGAGAGUUAUGGCAUGAACUCCAAUGAGCCUGCGGUGUUCAAAGACAAGCCAACAAAAGACGUCGAAUACCAAUGUAUCGCGAAAAAUUGUCAUUCCCAUUCCGAAAUGAUCAGCGAAGUUCUGCAGGUCAAUGUGAUAGCCCCAGUGGAUGAGGUCAAGCUCAUGGUCCUGCUGACUGAGGAAGUGGAGUCUGGGAAGGAAAUUGUGCUUCGGUGCUCCGUGAAUAACGCGUCUAGUCCGAUCACCUAUAGGUUUUACAGAGAAAAGGAGGGCAGUCCUUUCUACCAGACCAUCUGGAAUGACACCAAUGUCAUUUGGUACAAGGAGAAGGCUAGCAAGGAGGAUGAGGGACAGUAUUACUGCACAGCCUUCAACAGAGCCAACCUUGCUAAAAGCAAUCCCCAAAGCAACAUACUGAACAUCAGAGUCUUUCUUGCCCCAUGGAAGAAAGGACUUAUUGCUGUGGUUGUCAUUGGAGUGAUCAUUGCCACCUUGAUACUUGGAGCCAGAGUCUGUUUUCUGAAGAAAGCCAAGGCCAAGCAGACGCCCAUGGAGAUGGCCAGGCCAGCAGUGCCACUUCUGAACUCCAGCAAUGAGAAGAUGUUGUCAGAUCCCGAUACUGAAGCCAACAAACAUUACGAUUACAAUGAAGAUGUUGGAAACCAUGCAAUGAAACCAAUAAAUGAAAAUAAAGAGCCUCUGACCUCGGAUGUGGAAUACACAGAAGUACAAGUGACCUCAUCUGAGCCUUACCAAGGUCUGGAAACCAAGGGCACAGAGACGGUGUACAGCGAGAUUCGGAAAACUAAACCUGAUGUCAUGGAAAACAGAUAUUCUAGAACGGAAGGCUCCCUCGAUGGAACUUAGGACUGCGAGGGCAAUGUUCCUCCUUGGAAGGAUGUCCAUAUUCCAAGAAGGGCAGAUGAUUCCUGGCUUCCAAGAGCUCUGUGCACUUAUUUAUGAACCUGCCCUGCUCCCACUGAACAGAGCAAUUCCUCAGGCCAAGUCACCAGUUCUUACAUCCGUCUUACUACAUUUACGGGGGGUAUAAAGAGAUAUGGAGGGGCCGGUUGAGUCCCCCACGCACCCCCUCUCACCAAGCUGGAGCAUCCUCCGGAGUGGGGAGCCGCAGAAGGAGGUUCCGGGUUAAAAGGCCACUGGGAUAUUUAGAAACUUGAAUAUUUUUGUCUUGUAUGGAGAUCAAGAACUUAUCCAAGUAUCUUCACACAGAAACCAUUUUUGGGGGGUUUUUUUUUGUAGCCAAUCACUUCUAGCGAAUGGCUGGGCUUAGGGGGCUAUUUUUUUUUUUCUCUCUUUGCCUUUGGUCCUUCAGAGGCCUGUGGUUCUGGGUGGUCCUUGCUCCUCGGAAGUGCAUGGCACUGACCAGACAGCACACCCUGUUCCCCCCACGACCUCGCCUGCCGCAAAUGCCGCAACAAAGCUGCUUGGGAGCCACCCCUUUGAGAUGCCAACUUGAAGAUCAAGUUCGUUCUGGGCAAUGGACAGUAGAGAAAACGAAGUCGGACAGAGCACAGAUGUUCUUACACUAUUUUUCUAUACCCUUUCUUUCUUUUCCUUUACCAUGCUGUAGGCUGCAGAUGGGAAGAUGUUUGCCUGCAGAAAAUAUUGUUCUUAAUAGAAAAAUGAAAUGCAUAUUUUCUUACUAAUUUUUUUUUAUUUAUUCCUUGCUAAAGAAAUGGUCCCCUGAGGUCUUACGAUGUUUCUGAGGGUGUCUUGAGUGAGCCGAUGAGUAGCUGCGUCCAUUUCACGGUGGAAUUUCUCCAGUGAGCACACCUAACCAGGAUCAUUCCCCCGGUGUCCCUGUCCACCUCAGUGACACAGCUGCAGGGUAUUGCCUUAAAUAAAUUUGAUCUUUACUCGUCA